AUGGUGGCCAAGGCAGGGUAUAAGGGUAUGCUUAUCGACGGUCAAAAAGUGGCGGUUAAGAAAUCAAAAAUAGGGGGCGAAGAUCAUAUUCAGGAGUUCAUUAACGAGCUCGUCGUUCUAUCACAUUUAAGACACAUAGUUAAGCUUAUUGGGUUUUGCCUUGAAAUGCAGGUUCCUCUUCUCGUUUAUGAGUACAUCUCCAACGGAAACUUGUUUGAUCGCAUCCAUAAUAAUGAACCUGAAGAUGAAACGUUGGCUAGUUGGGAAGUGCGUGUACGAAUUGCUAAAGAGAUAGCUGAGUGGCUUUGUUACUUGCACACCACGGCAUCGACUCCAAUAUUCCAUAGGGAUAUUAAAACGGCCAACAUUAUGCUGGAUGAUAACAAUAAAGCCAAGCUUGCUGAUUUUGGCAUCUCCAGAUCAGUAUCUGAAGACCAAACCCAUCUCACAACAAUAGUGAUAGGCACCCCUAGGUAUCUAGAUCCGGAAUAUCAUCAAUCAAACCAGUACACGGAGAAAAGCGACGUUUAUAGCUAUGGCAUUGUGCUUGCUGAGCUUAUUACUGGUGAUUUGCCGAUUUGUUUCAAACGGUCACCGAAAUACAGAAGGCUUGCAACCUAUUUCAACCGUGCCAUGAAUGAGAACAGACUGAUGGAAAUCAUCGAUGCUCAGAUCAUUGGUGAAUCUAAGGUGGGAAAAAUCGUGGCGGCAGCAAAGAUUGCCAAAAAUUGUUUGAAUCCAAUGACAAGGGAAAGGCCAGUCAUGAGACAGGUGUUGAUGGAAUUGGAAUUGAACUGCUCAUCUCCGGAACAGCUGCAGCCCCAUGUAUGUGAGGAAGAGGAAGUCUGCAUAGAAGUAGAAAAGAUGAACUACGUCGUUGCUACCGAACCAGCUUCUCAAGUCAACGUUGCUACAUCAUCUUUGUCUAUGUAA